AGCUAUUCUUGCCAUGGUGAAGGACGUGUUUGGCUGUAAAUGUGAAACGGCAGAGAUAAAAGGGGUUGGGGAAGGAGAAUUUUCUUGCUUAUGUCGUAAGAAUCACGUUGCAGCACGACUUGACUUUCUUCCAGGAUUAGCAAUGGUUUUUGAUUUUUCUCUGCAUCACAUGGGGAAGUUCGUGAAGAAUACGGGAAUAGAAUAUGUGGGAGGAGAAAUACAUGUUAUAAAAGGAAUUGAUCCGGACAGGUGGUCUUACUUUGAAGCAGUGGGAUAUGUUAAAGAAUUCAAGUAUGAUGCAGAGUUCAAGCUAUGGUGGAAGGGGGCAAAACAAAAGGCGAUGAACAACCUGAGAUUACUCAGUGAUGACAAGGAAGCACUGUUCUUGGCUAACUAUGCAGAGGCAAAUAAUGAUGAGGUUGAAAUCUAUGUCCAACAUGUACAACCUAGUCAGCCAGAUGAAGUUAAGUUUCUGUGUUUUGGUGAAGAGGCAGUACAGGAGACGGAGGAAGAGGUAAAUAUGGAAGAAGAGGUCGAACAUAUACAUGCAUAUGUUGAUGAAGAAGAUGCUAUUGUGGAUGAAGAAGUUGGUUAUGUUGGUGAAGCACAUGCUUAUGUGGCUGAAGAUGAUGAUGCAGUGGAUAAAGAAGAUGGUUAUGUUGGUGAAGCACAUGCUUAUGUGGCUGAAGAAGAUGAUGUAGUGGAUAAAGAAGAUGGUUAUGUUCAUGAAGCACAUGCUUAUGUGGCUAAAGAAGAUGAUGUAGUGGAUAAAGAAGAUGGUUAUGUUCAUGAAGCACAUGCUUAUGUGGCUGAAGAAGAUGAUGCAGUGGAUAAAGAAGAUGGUUAUGUUGGUGGGGUGGAGGGGAAUGUCGAAGUAGAAGAUGUCCUAAUGGAUUACGAAGAGGAAGAGGGGAAUGUUGAGGACGAAUAUGUACAGAGGGGUGAGGAAGAGACUUAUGUUGAUGAGGAAGAGGAAGAGGGCAAUGUGGCUGAAGAAGAAGUGGUGGAAAAUGUGGAUGAUAGUGAAGAGGAAAGAAUGGAAAAUGAUGAUGAUGGGUUCGGGAUGGAGGAUGAGAGGGUGGAGGAAGAAAGAAGAAAUAUUAAUCCUGUUUUAGAGAGGUGGAGUACAAUGAAAAAGAGGAAGAAAAGUGUGAGGAGAAGAAACGGUGGUGGUGAGGGGUCAUUUAUGAUUAACGAAGAUGUUGGACAGCAUGAGCAUGAGAUAAAUGAAGAUUACAAUACUGAUGAAUUAUCUUCAAAUGUGGAUAGUGAUGAGGCUAUUAGUGAGAAUAGGAGGAAGUUUCCAAAGUAUAGAGCAGAUGAUAUGUCCAAGAGCUUCAAAUUUACAUUGGGGAUGGAGUUUAAGUCAUUGAAAGAUUUUAAAAGUGCCCUACAGGAGCAUAGCGUAUUAAAUGGAAAAGAAGUGAAGUUUGUUAAGAAUGAUUUGAAGAGAGUGAGGGCAGUUUGUAAAAAGGGAUGUGGUUUUGUAAUUAUGGCUAGCAAGGUAGGAGGAAGGGAAACUUUUAGAGUGAAAACUCUCGUUGGACGUCACAAGUGUGGAAGGGUUUUUGGUAACAAAAGUGCAAGUGUGCAAUGGAUUGCACAAGUAUUGGUAGACAGAUUUGUAAAUGUGGGAGGCAUGACAGUGAACCAAAUCAUAGAUGAAAUCAAAAAGUCCUUUAGUGUUGGAAUUUCUCCUUGGAAAGCAGGAAGAGCAAAGCAAAUUGCUAUGGAUUCUUUAGUGGGUGAUGGAGAACGACAAUAUGGACGUUUGUAUGAUUAUGUGGCUGAGUUGGUAAGAGUAAAGGCUGGAACAUUCAAGAUUAAGGUCAAUCAACCCCAACCCACUUUGCCACCACGGUUUGGGGCAUUUUACAUGUGUUUAGAGGGCUGUAAAGAGGGGUUCUUAGGUAGUUGCAGGUCAUUCAUUGGGGUAGAUGGUUGUCAUUUGAAGAUAACAUAUGGAGGUCAGUUGUUAGUGGCAGUGGCAAGAGACCCUAAUGACCAAUAUUUCCCACUUAGCUUUUGCUGUGGUUGAAAAUGAAUGCAAAGAGACAUGGAGGUGGUUUUUGAGCCUGCUGCUGGGUGAUAUUGGGGGCAUAGAUUGUCAACGGUGGAUCUUUAUUUCGGAUCAGCAAAAGGGAUUAAUGGCAGUAUUUGAUGAGAUUUUGAAUGGGAUGGAGCACAGGCUGUGUUUAAGGCAUUUGUACAACAACUAUAAGAAGAAAUUUGGUGGAGGACUACUCAUUAGAGACCUUAUGAUGGGGGCUGCCAAGGCAACAUACUUUCAGGACUGGGAAAAAAAAAUGGGUGAGUUGAAGACUGUGAAUUGUGAUGCUUAUAAUUGGUUAAUGACAAUUCCAACUAAAUCUUGGUGUAAACAUGCAUUUAGUGCUUAUCCUAGAUGUGAUGUGUUGAUCAAUAAUUUGACUGAGUCAUUUAAUAGUACUAUUUUGCUGGCAAGAGACAAACCUAUAAUUACUAUGAUGGAAUGGAUUAGGUCAUAUAUUAUGAGUAGGUUUGCAACACUUAGAGAAAAAGUGAUCAAUUAUCCUGGUGAUGUUAUGCCUAAACCGAGAAAAAGACUUGACAGGGAAGUUGAAAAGAGUGGGAAUUGGCUUCCAGUUUAGGCAGGGGGUGCUAAAUUUGAAGUCACUCAUGGCUUUACAAUGGACAAGUUUGUAGUUGAUAUAAGUAAUCAUAGUUGUAGUUGUUACUUUUGGGAUUUGGUUGGAAUACCUUGUAGACAUGAUGUUGCUGCCAUACAUUAUAAAUUAGAAAACCCAGAAGAUUAUGUUCAUCCAUAUUACAAGAAACAUGCUUAUAACACUUGUUAUGCACCUCAAAUAAUUCCAAUCAAUGGACAACAACUUUGGCCUACAUCCGACACUGCCCCACUACUGCCACCCACUUAUAAAACACCUCCUGGGAGGCCUAAAAAGUUAAGAAGAAGAGAAGCUGAUGAAUAUGUCAGUCAUUCAAAGUUGUCCAAGAAAAAUAUUGGUAUGAAGUGUAGCAGUUGUAAUGCAUAUGGACACAAUGUAAGAAGUUGUAAAAGGGGGCAGAAAAGCAAGGACACAAGAGGCACAUCUACAAUGGGAGAAUCUAUAUCAACUGGAAGGAGACAAUCUGCAAGAAGAAGUGCAUCAGGUGGAAGGGGAGGAUCUUUAUCAACUGGAAGGGGAGGAUCUGCAUCAGGUGGAAGGGGAGGAUCUUUAUCAAGUGGAAGGGGAGGAUCUGCAUCAACUGGAAGGGGAGGAUCUGCAAGAAGAACUGCAGCGGCUGCUGAACCAUCUGCAUCAACCUCACAAGGUCAAAGAACAUCACAACUUAGAGGGGCUGCACAUAUGAGUCAAGGGGGAAGAAGAACAUCCUCAAGAUUGGCUGCACAAUUUCUAGGGUCUCAAGCAAGUUCCAAUUGACAUCCACAGACUUUUUUUAAUGCUAUAAUGUACUGAUUGGCCCCCACUUAGGGAGACCAUUUGUAGUGGGCACAAUAUUUUUUGGACAACUUGUUUGUCAUAUAGUGUACCACAUCCAAUGUUAAUUAAAGUACUAGGGGACCACUUCUUCUAUUAAUUAAACUGCUUGGGGACCACUUCUUUUGUUAAUUAAACUGCUCGGGGACCACUUCUGUAAUUUCUUGUGUUAUUUUUGUUCAAUGCAAUGCUAUGUACUU